AUGGCUGAUUCCAACCUGUCCCUGAGGACUCUGCCCAAUCCUGAAAUGUGGUAUAAUGGAUCAGAAAAUGAGGCAGUGUUACCAAGUGUAGUGAUAUUUCUGACAACCAUCAUGGCUCUUUCUACCAGCCUUUUGGGAUUUGUAGGGAAUGGGGUUGUCUUCUGGCUUCUUGGCUUCUGCAUUAAGAGAAAUCCUUUCAAUACCUAUGUCUUGAACCUAGCCAUAGCUGAUUUUGGUGUGGUCACAGCUAUUGUUGCUAUAAAUACAAUUUGGCUUGCACAAUUACUCACCUAUGUAGACAUGCAUCAAUUCUCAAUAAUAUUCUUUAACACUCUCUUUCGAUUCAUGUUCAGCACUAGUCAGUGUCUACUGUCGCUCAUCAGCAUUGACAGCUUCUUAACUACUGCUAUAAGUCUCACUCUCUUAUUAAAUGGGUAUGAUCACAUGCUGUAUAUACGGUUUAUCUUGAAUGCUGUGGUUUGCCUGCCCAUCAUGUGUGUGUCCACUUUAGCCAUUUUUAUUAAAUUCUGCUUAAGACCACCACAAAAGAAGAAAGGAAAACUGUUAAGAACCAUUUGGCUUACUCUUUUCUUCUUCCUCCUCUUUGCUUUUCCAUUUAAUGUCAUUCAUGUUAUGGCUCUAUUUAAUCAUCAAUACCUCUUCUAUAUAUAUGGCUUCAUAAGUGUCUCUGUAAACAGUGCCAUUAACCCCAUGAUUUAUUAUUUGGUGGGAAGAGAUAAAAGAGAGAGAUCUAGCAAGCAAAUCAAUAAAGUGCUGGAGAAACUUUUCAAGGAAGAGGAAGACUGUUGUAGAGGGAAUCAGGAAAUCUGA